CAAUUCUACCCGAAGUACUAACGAAUUCGUAAAUUACGGGCUAAAAUUAUGCGGCGCCUUGGGACAGUCCAGCAAAAGAUACCUUGUGUUUUCAUGACAGAAGUACAAGACGCGCCGUCUGGAAAACAUGAGGCUCAGCCAUUUCGUGUUGUUGCAACAGAGCAUCUUAACUCCUCUUCACUGGACUCAGAUAUUUACACUGCCAUUGCUACAGAGAAAUUGGAUGGCACCUGUUGUUAUGUUUCAACAUACAAAGGCCAACAUUACCUCUGGGCACGCUUAGAUCGAAAACCAAACAAGCAAGCAGAGAAGAAGUUCAGGAAGUUUCAAUCUUCUCACAAAAGCGGGACAGGCUUCACGUGGAACUUACAGGAGGAUUUCAAAGCCGUGCCUGAUAAUUGGGUACCAGCACAAAAGGUUCAGCACAUUGAUGGCGAUCCUGUACCUGAUGAGUAUGGACACAUCCCAGGCUGGGUUCCUGUGGAGAAAAACAAUAAGCAGUAUUGCUGGCACUCCUCCGUGAUUGAAUAUGAGACUGGAGAAGCACUUCUUCUCAGACCACUCAGAGAAGAUGGAGAAAUGCUGGAAAUCACAUGUGUUCCACUGUCAGAACUGCAAGAACAAACUCUGGAACUCAUUGGGACAAAUGUCAAUGGAAAUCCUUACGGAUUGGGAAGCAAGAAAUGCCCAAUUCAUUUUCUGGUGCCUCAUGGAAUCCUAAAUAUUAGAGAUCCCCCUCCAGUGAGUUACAAGGAGCUGUAUACCUGGCUUUCAGAGUGUGACCAAGGUAAAGUGGAAGGGAUUGUCUGGCAUUGCAAUGAUGGGGCACUUUUCAAGCUUCAUCGCCAUCACGUGAACCUAACAUGGCCUAAUGGAAAAACCUUUCUAAAUGCCAGACCUGUUGUAAUCCAUGUUGAUUGGCACAAAGAUCACCUGGAGGAUUCCCACCAGAGUAUAUUCAGUGCUUUUUCAAAAUUAAACGGACAACAUUUCAGAAGUGUUGAAGAUAUAAUGUUUGAAAUGUAAAUAAUUCAACUGAAUAGAAUAAGAUGUCUUGUUUACUUCAGGUUUUGAGCACGUUUUAUAACUUGUGAUUGUAUAGGACCCAACCUAUUAAACUUGCUUAAGGUAAGGUUUCCUAUUACAUCUGUUUUCUAUUACAGUUGGUAGUCUAAGAAUGUGUAAUUUAAAUUAAGAUCUUGUAAAUUCCAGUACAGUUACAGUAAAAACAUAUGAACACAUGACAUCUUUUGGUUUGUUGCCAAAGUAGUGUGCCAAUAUAUCUUUUGUUUAUAUGAGGAUUUAUGGUUGGCAGGAGCAGCACAGAGAUGUUAUUCCACAAGUGAGGUGUCAGAAAAUUACCAAUUAUGUUCAGAAAUAAAGGUUUAAAUACUA